AUGUCUCUACGUUUUAUUGCUUCAAAAUCUUUGAACAACUUCAACAGAACUCUUCUAGUAAGAAAAAAUAAUCUAAACCUAAUUAACUUUAGAAGAAACUUCAUCUCUUCAAUCGUUUUGAAAAACCAAAUCUCUACUAAAGUUAAUGACAUUUUAAAGUCUGAACACAAUUUGGAAAUUGAAAAUAUCAAAUCACAAGAUUUUUCAAAUGAAACUUUCAACAAUUUUCUACAAAAAUAUGAUUUCAGUUUGAUCGAUAACUCAAACGGUAAAAACAUGUCAGAAAUUAAAAAGACAACGAACGAUGAAACUAUCCACGUAUUCUUCGACGUUGCCCAAGUUGCAAACUUACCAUUCGAUCCAAUGGCAAACAAUGCUAAUAACGAUCAGGCCCAAUCAAAUGAAAUGAUCACUGAAGAAGACUUCGAUUCUUUAUCCGAUAACUUUGCAAAUGUUAACGUAGUCAUUACAAACAAUUCCAAUAAAAAAACCGUAUCAUUCGAAUUGCUAAUGAAUUUGGCUGAAGGUUCUUUCUAUAUCGAUAGUGUAACACCUUAUGAAAAUGAACAAAAAGCCUUGGAUGAAUCAGCAGAAGCUGAAGUCUCUCGUGAGUUAGUUUACCAUGGCCCUCCUUUCUCCAACUUGGACGAAGAAUUACAAGAAUCUUUGGAAUUAUAUUUGGAAAGUAGAGGUAUCACUUCUGAAUUAUCAUCUUUUAUCACUUCUUAUUCCGAGUUUAAAGAGAAUCACGAAUAUGUUAACUGGUUAGAUAAUUUAAAACAAUUCUUUGGCAACUAA